GAAGAAAACUUUUGCAACAGUCGCGUGACGUUGACGUCAGUAGGAAUGUGCGGACGACAGAUGCAAUUGUCAGAAAUAAUUGACCCGAAAACAAAUCGAGAGACCCCAGAGCUGCAGGAAAAUGCUCCGUUUUCUCUGCUGUUGCUGCCUCUCGAAUGAAAACUCCGCCAUCGAGGAGAGGCAGCCUCUCCUGCACCCCCAACCAUCAGCCCUGAAUGAAGCUGGAUCAGCCAGGCAGACCCGGCCAGCACUCAGCGAUGCACAGACCGUGAAGCGUAUCGGUAAGCUGGUGAUGAGGCGAGUGUGUGUGCCAGAGUUGGACCAGAGGUUUUCUGACAUGGCCGAGACCUUUAACAAACAGCACGAGUGCUAUGAGGCCAUGCUCCGACAUAUCAGCAACCUGCGUCAGAUCUACGGCUGUAAUAACAAUGAUACACUGGCUUUAUCUGAAUGUGUGGGGAGGAUCAGAGAUGAGCACGAGCUCAGCUACAGGAUCUCCCUUAAGUUAAAGGGCUAUGACUUCUCCCUCAGCCUGGCUCCUGUGGUUGAAAGUGAGGAGGAGCUGCUGCCUCCACAUCUGCGAUUGGCUCAGGAUGAAGUGAAGGGCAUUUCUGAUAGCGCCAAAGCCACCAUCUCAAAGGGCACCACGCUGCAGGAGUUGAUUGUCUGGCUGCUCCAUAGCAAGAAUCAAAUGGCUGAGCAAGUGUACACAGCUGCAGGAACGUACCAGGAGCAAGGAAGACUGCAUGAGAACCUGGAGGAGAAUCUGAAGGAAGUGAGGAGGGCGAAGGAGAUGUCCUUAAGAUACAGACAGCAGGCCGGGGACGUCCUCACUGAGGCUGCACAGAUAGCAGGGGCUUCUCUGUAGUUCAUGCACACUUUAGAUAUGUAAUUGGAAUCCACCAAUUACAGUACAUGCCUACAGGAUUCAAAUAUUUACAGAGGUAACAUACACUCUAACAAUUACGCACACCCAGAGCUUCAUGCAUUUAAAGGUCCAGUGUGAAGGAUUUAGUGGCAUCCAGUGGUGAGGUUGCAGAACUGAAACCAUGUGCAGAGUGUGUAGGAGUCCUAUGCGGUUAGAUCUAAAAAAUGGAAAAUGUGAGCCAGUAUUGCACUUGUCCAUUCCUGGUUACUAUAGAAACAACUUGUGUAUAUAAACAACUCACUCUAAGGUAACUAAUACACAAUGAUUUAUAUUUGUAGGUGAUUAUAAACUACGGGCCUACAGAUUAUCAGCCUGGACGAUUAUUAGGGCCAAAAUGUUACAUUUUGCCAAUU